CGUCCUCCUCGCUCCCGGGGCGGCUGGCCGCCACGUCGCUUUGGCUGCUGCCGCUGCUGCUGCUGCUGCUGCUGAAGGGGCGGCUGGGCAGCGCUGCCGCGGCCUCCGACCUGAGCCUAGGAAGGCGCUCUGCGCAGCACCCUCAGCGAGCCGCGCCGCCGAGGGCAUCUCCUCCUUCCUCCUCCUCCCCCGUGGCAGCUCCAGGAUCUAUGUUUACCCUGAAAGUCCAAGUUAAUGACAUAAUCAGCCAUCAGUAUUUACGCCAAGCAGUUGUGGAAAUCUUUGUCAACUACACGAAAACUAAUUCCACACUAACUGGGAAUAAUGGAGCCGUAUUGAUACAAGUUCCCUAUCAACUAGGUCUAAGUUUAACUAUUGCAUCGUAUAAGGAUGGUUAUAUGUUAACACCUUUGCCUUGGAAAACUGGGAGAAUGCCAAUAUAUUCAUCUGUUACGCUUUCACUCUUCCCCCAAAGCCAGGCAAAUAUAUGGCUGUUCGAUGAUACCAUUUUAAUUACUGGGAAACUUUCAGAUGCCAAAUCACAACCAAGUGUUCAGUUUCCAAAAUAUUUAAUUAAACUGCCUGUAAACCACCAUAUCACAAACGUCACAGCCUAUCUUACGGUGCCACAACAGUUUCUGAAAGUGGACCAUUUCCUCUAUACAGCAGGAAUCCUUUUAAACAAGUCAGGCUUCAAAACUAUUGAAUUAAACCCUCUUGCUGCAAUAUGCGUAAACUUACUCUCGGCUGGGAAAGAAUUGCAAGUGGAGGGCCCCAUCCAGGUGACGCUGCCGCUUCUGCCCGCAAGUGCCGUCACAGCAGGUGAUCCCAUCCUGGCGUGGACCUUCGACAUGAAAACCGGUGCCUGGGUAAAUCGUGGAUUGGGCAUGGUAAAGGAUGCAGGUGAUCAUCUGGUAUGGAUGUACACUGCUCCAAGCCUAGGCUACUGGAUAGCCGCCCCGCUGCCUGGCACGAGAGACUCCAUCAUUACAACAGUGACCAAGGAUAUAACGGCGUAUCACACAGUGUUCCUCACGGCCAUCCUGGGAGGCACCAUCAUCAUCAUCCUUGGCUUCACCGCAGUUCUUCUUUGCUACUGCAGGGAUAAAUGUGGUCAGUCAAAAAAGAGAAGGAAAAGCACAACCAAACUGGACAUCUUAAAAAAGGACCAGACGACAUCCACCUCACACAUAAAUCACCUGGGCAUUGCCAAGGUGUCACUGAAGCCGGAGGACAAGGCUCCAUUCUAUUCUGCCAGGAUAGCCUCUUACAGUCCUCAGAGAGGAGCUUCUGCGGAGGGUGAAGAGAGGAAGUGCCGUGACAGUUUCAAUAUGUACGCAGAAGGAGCUUCAUACCAGUCCUCUGGCCAAGAUGCUCACUGCAAAAACUCCCCAGAGCCUUUGGACCCCAACACGGGAGUGAGGCAUCUGCAGCCAAGCAACCAUAUCAAUGGAAGGAUUUCCCCGUCCAGAGAUGCGCAAGAGCAGAACCAAUAUGUCCCUCUGAAUGGGGAACUCUAUGGGCUCUCUCCUCUCCCGGAACAGUUAAUGCAUCUUUACAGUCAGCCGAUUGCCAUCCUUCAAACAUCUGACCUUUUCCACUCCCCGGAGCAGUUGCAUGCUGCCAAGUCGGCAACUUUGCCAAGGAAAGGACAGUUGGUGUACAGCCCAAUGAUGGAGCCCUUGAGUCGGGAAAGUUACACGCAGACAUUACCCAAAAUGCCGGCGCACUCUCACCUGCAGGCGCCAGUGUCCAGAGAGGAAGCGGCUGCAUUGGACAGGCAACAGGGCCUGUCGCCUCAAGCUGCCAACUGGGCGCGCUACACCAAUAGCUUGCUCGAGUCCGUUUCUGUUCCAGGAACGCUCAACGAAGCUGUCGUGAUGACACGCUUUUCAUCAGAGCUUCAGGGCAUUUCCGAGCAAACCCUCCUAGAGCUCUCGAAAGGCAAACAGUCCCCGCAUCCGAGGGCAUGGUUUGUGUCCUUGGAUGGCAAGCCAGUAGCGCAAGUGAGGCACUCAUUCAUUGAUCUCAAGAAGGGGGGCAGGAAGACUGAGAGUAAUGAUACCAGCUUGGAUUCUGGGGUGGACAUGAACGAGCAUAAUCCCGGCCGGAAGCUGGAGCGGGAGAAAACCUUCAUUAAGAGCAUGCAGCAUUCUAAGGUCCUUUACCUGGAAGACUUGGAUCUGAGUAGCAGUGAGGGCGGAACCACGGUCUGUACCCCUGAGGAUCAGGCUGUGAAACAUAUGCCCAACGGAGGGAGUGAUCCGGUCAUAGGACAGCACAACGAAGAAGUGCCUAGGAGGAGAACCACGACGGAAGAGCAGGAGGCCAGUCCUCCUCCAACUAAGAAACGAGGGAGGCCCCCUUUAACUAAGAGGGAGAGCAAAGCCAACAUUUGGAAGAAGCGAGAGGAGAGGCCACUCAUCCCGAUCAACUGA